AUGUGGUUAGGUUGUACCCUAUGGUUGUUGUUAUCUUAUUUCCAUUGUAUUAAGUGCAACAUCCUAGAAGAUUACGAAGAGAUUUCGCGUAGUAUGCUCUAUCCUCCAGAAGACAAAGUAGCAGGUGCUCUCCCUGUGGAAAUAGGGAAGGAUCAAACUUCUGGGUGUAUAUGUAGAACUACUAAAAAUCGUAAAAUUAUUGUUUGCUUCGGCAACUAUGAAUGUCAGAGAUUUCCAAAGGUACGGAAACGUAGCGAAGUACUUGUAGUCAGGACCACAAUUUUACCAGAAAUUCGUGUUGGCGAACUAGAUUCAUUAUAUUACCUAAAAACUUUAAAGAUUGAAGCAAACCAUCAAUUAAAGUAUCUACAACCAGGAUUAUUUCGUAAUCUAACUACACUAGAAAGUCUUUCCAUUUCUUACAGCACUAAGCUUCACAUAAUUCUUGAAGGUACAUUUAAUGGUCUAAGGAGCCUUAAAAAUCUAAACUUAGUAAGCAAUGGCUUUGCUAAUAUUUUACAAAUAACACCAGCAUUCGAACCUUCGAAACUGCCGUCUCUACAAAUCUUGGAUUUAUCAGAAAACGCCUUAGAAAAAAUACCUGAAAACGCAUUCAAGCCAAUGCGAGGCUCUCCAUUAAAAAGACUCGAUAUAACAUUAUGUCGCAUCGAUUUUAUACAUCCUAAUAGUUUUUUACCCUUGGAAUUCCUUCAAGAGUUAAGUAUUGGCGAGAAUGAUAUGAAUUCAACCAUAAUAGGUGACUUUCUUUUAAGUUUAAAAAGAAAUAACAGAAGUUUAACUCGUCUGGACUUGAACAGCAUGGGCUUUCGUAAAUACCCACCAAGACGGCUAAUGGAGAUCAUUGCAAAUACAACACUCGAAAGACUAACUUUAUCUAACAACCAAUUUGAAAUUAUUACCGACGAUACAUUUCCAAAAAUGCCACAUUUAAAGGUUUUGGAGCUGCAAAGCGUUAGCGUUAUGUCUAUUGGUCCAAAUGCUUUCGACCCAAUAAAAUUUCCAGAUCUCCGAAUUUUAUUAGUAAGUGGAAAUAAUUUACCAGGAAUACAUUGGAAGAAUAUAUCGAACCAACAACUUGUGCUUUUAGAUAUGUCAUAUAAUAAAGGUACUGCAUCAAACCCUAUGUAUUACGAAAUCGAUAGAGGGGCGUUUCUCAUGUGCAAGGAACUAAAAGUUCUUAACCUAGCAUUUAAUAGAAUAAAAUCAAUAUUUGAUUAUACUUUUCUUGGACUCGAGAAAUUAAAAAUGUUGAAUCUAGAAAACGGUACUAUAUAUCACAUCGGAAGAGGAACAUUUAAGCCAAUGAAAAAUUUAGAGAUAUUAAACUUAGCAAACAAUCCACUAACUGCAAAUGAUAAUUUAACUAGUGGCCAAUUUGAAGGUUUGAACCAAUUAAAGAUAUUGAUACUAAAGAAUUGUGGUAUAAAGUACUUCCUUGACGAGGACAACAUAUUCGAAAUGAUGCCAAAUCUUACUCAUUUAAUACUAAGAAAUAAUGAAUUAUUCUAUAUAAGUACCGAAUUAUUAAAACCCUUGAAAUGUUUGCAAGUGUUAGAUUUAAGUGAAAAUCUCAUAGUAUCCUGGUGGAAACCUAUAUUUUUACUGUCUGGAUUGAGACUUCAUAGCCUAUAUUUAACUGACAACAAAAUUUCUCACCUCACUAUUAGCAUGAUUCAAGAUUUCGAUUAUUUGCUAGAAAAUAAAGGUAACUUUACAGUCGAAAUAGAUCUGAUGGACAACGUGUUUAUAUGUGACUGUUCCUCGAUGUUCAAAUCUUAUACAUGGUUACAAACUAAUGGUUCUAAUUCCGUCAAGAAUUUUUUUCGUCAGUCUAAAUUUCUAUGCAGUAGUCCACAAGUGUGGGAGGACAAAAGUGUGGCAGAAUUUUUAUCUUCAAUUAAAGCCCUGCGGUGCUUGAUGUUUGAGAGGAUUUCAAACCUAACGAUUAUAAUAUGGACAACACCAUCGGUAGUAACUGUUGUAUUACUAAUUUUAAUUAUAAUACUUAUAUAUAAAUAUAAAAUAUAUAUAACAUAUUGGUUAUUCUUAGCUAAACUAGCUUUAGGAAGAAAAUUUAUAAAGAAAUCACUUAAAGUGAGUGGUGUACAGAAAAUUUGUCACAAGUACGACGCUUUUGUGUCAUAUUGCAACGAAGAUAGGGAGUUCGUUUUGGAAAUGGUAAAUCAAUUAGAACGCUCUCCGCCCCAUUUAAAGCUGUGCAUUUACGAAAGAGAUUUUGAAAUAGGAUCAUUUAUAUCUGAAGCCAUAUUAGGUAGUAUAAAUGAAAGUAGAUAUGUAAUAUUAAUAAUAAGUAAUGGCUUUGCGAAAUCUACGUGGUGUAGAUGGGAGACGCAGUUGGCUGAGUACCACAGGUUGUUUCUAGAAGACGGAACGUCAUAUGAUCCGUUAGUGCUAAUAAGAAUAGGCAACGUGGAAAGCAAAUAUUUAACUACUACUUUGAAAUUCUUAUUGAAGACGAAGAUAUACUUGUCGUGGGAUGAUAAGCGACCAGAUGAAUUUUGGAAUAAAUUAAGAAACCUUAUCGCCAAACAUGAAUAACUUUUUGAAGUAAAACUUCUGUACGCGCGCUUGACUUUGGGAGUAAGCUGGUGAAUGCUUGAUAAGAGCGUUAC